CUUUUCAGAGAGCUUCAACUCAGCUGUCAGAAGGGGCAGUUUGGUUUCUGUGCAAGCAAUACUCGCAUUCCAAACUGCAUUAAAGAAAAGCCAGUGGGUUCGUAUGCAUUUUUAUUAUCAGUUCCAGAUUAGGAAUCUGACGCUAAUUUCUUUUAAAAGCCUGUGUUUGCAGUAGAAUUUAUAGUCUAAAACAAAAAAAGGAUUGUGAUGUUUUUCUCCCAGUAGCUGGCUCUUUUUCCCCCCGCCCUGGCUUUACUCCAAGGACCUUUUCUGCUUGUUCGUUACAUUCUCAAGAUGAAGCACCCGAUGGCUACAGCAGUGCUGGUACUAUUGGUGCAGGUUUCUCAGAGUUUCCCUGCUUUGUACCACCGAGGUUGGUGGAGGCUGUUACGGGAAGGAGACAGUUGUGGAAAAUGCGAUUUGGCACUUUGCUCUGAGCCGAAAGACUGUGUGGCCGGGACUGUUUUGGACCGUUGCGGCUGCUGUCGCGAAUGUGGAAACGCGGAAGGUCAGAUCUGUGACCUGGACCAGGGCAAUCAUUUUUACGGGCAGUGUGGGGACAACCUGGAGUGCAGGCUGGAUGCUGAUGAAACAAGGUUCGGGGAAGUCCCUGAACCCCAGUGCGUGUGCAAGUCUCAAGAGAGCGUCUGCGGACCUGAAGGGAAAACCUACGAGAACAUCUGUCAGUUCAACAAGGCUUAUGCUACGAAAAGAAAUAUCAGCAUGAAACAUAAAGGACCGUGUGAAUCAGCUCCUGUUAUUUCUAUGCCACCUCAGGAUGUCCAGAAUUUCACAGGCAAUGAUGUCAUUUUUGGCUGUGAGGUGUCAGCCUAUCCUAUGCCUCACAUCGAAUGGAAAAAAAAGGGGAAUAAAAUGUUUCUGCCGGGAGAUGACACCCACAUCUCAGUACAGGCACGAGGUGGGCCUCAGAAGUACGGUGUGACAGGCUGGCUGCAGAUACAAGGCCUCAAAAAAUCAGAUGAAGGGGUUUACAUCUGCCACACCAAAAAUAAGCAUGGUGCGACCUAUGCCUCUGCAAGAUUGAAAGUCAUUGAAGACUCAUCUGGUUUUGCAUUUACCGAUGGCAGUAGAAGUGCAAGCUAUAGUAUCGAAUAUGGGGAAUAUUAUGACCAUUCUGAUGAUGAAGAUGAAGAAGAAUAUGAAUCCGGGGACUAUGAAAAUUGAAACAUCUCAGAAUAAUAAUUUUUAUACAUCUGUUAUCCGAUACCUUUCACACUCUUACAUUUAUGAGUAGUCUCGAUGCUGUAAAUGGCUCCUCUGAUAACACGCACAUUCAUUUACGUAUCCGUCUUCCUGAAACUCAGCUUUGGCUGAAGUGUAUCAUGCUACUUACCAGACAUAAGAACAGUUGUAAAUUCACACAUUAAGACUGUUAAACAAAAUUCUUAAACAUGCACCUGUCUACUAAGUAUACUGAAGGGAUCAAACUGUAUAUUCAUUUUUUAAAUGUAAAUUAUAAUUUCCUUCAAGCAUUCUAAUUUGUCUACCAAAAAUGUCCAUAGUUAAAGAAAAUUUGUACCUUGUAUCAAUUUCCUUUUUUCUGUAACGUACUAAGAAAUACCAAGAGAUUGUUCACAUGGCAACAAGCCUAAGUAUGAAGGUUGCAAAAGAGCCUUUAAUCCCUUAGUUCAUAUUUUCUCAUAAAUUUUAGCAGGAUUUUCCAUCUCAUUUGAAAUUUUCCAUGGUUAGUCUCAUCAAGGGUCAAUUAUCUGUCUUUUGGGGCGUUGUUUACUUUUAACAGAUACAUGAAGCAAUCACAGUUUAAAGCAUAAGUGCUGUUUUACUAACAAUACUCAAUUGUUUUACUAACAAUACUCAAAAAGACUUCUCAUGCAUGCAAGCAGAGACACAUACCUUUCAACUUCUUUUUGUGACAGUUCUAGCGCUACUCCUGACAGUGUCAGCUCCUUCCCUCCAGCCUAGGCAACAGUUUAAGAUUUGGGAUCAUUAUUUUUACUCUGAACAGCAUCGUGUUUGGUGAGAAUCACCGCAGUCUAAAGGCAGCGGCUGUUCUGUAGCUCAAUACGUGCCCUUCAAACGCACAGAGAUCUGCACAACAGGGCCUGUCCAAGACUUGCUCCUACAUCUGACAUAUCUAUAUUAUGUCCAAGUAAAGCGCAUUCGGUAUCACCACACUUUUGCAAAUGGCAGACAGAAAACAAGCAUCAUUUUUUCUGAAAACCAACAGAACGUGUGCACAUUUCUCAAAUAGUCUCAACCACUUCUUGAUCAGCCUGAACCAGACAGAGAAUGUAACACAAUUUAAACAGAACACUUCAAAGUGUAAAGUGAUCACACAGAAAAAUUUCUCCAGUUGCUUUUAACUAAUGACAUGAAGGCUGGCUCUGCGUUAAUGGACGAUGGAAGAUACUAAGCUAUGAAAACCACUUUUGGGAGGCAGUUACACCUAACGGUUGCUAUGGGCUGGGGACAGAUGAAUAGCAGUGAAUUACUGAACACCAUUAAUGACUAAAGAAGCAAAAGUUCAGGUAUCGGAUUGUAAAGCCACAGUAUUUGCAGUCUUCUUUAUCCAGAGCACAUAAACAUGCAGUGAUUACUGUGCACACUGAUGUAACUCAAAUUAAUGGUGUUAAGGAAGUUUUAAAGGCAAUUUCACUGUAUGACUACACAUACUGCCUAGAUUUUUUUAAUGUAUAUACAGUGCAUCACAAACUCCUCCUUUAAUGUUGUGCUGUCUUGUGCUUUUGUGACAUUAGGCAGAUUUUUCCUUUCAAUUUGAAUUACAUUAAGAGAUUUGCUAUAGACUGUGUUUGCCCUGAGGCGCUAUUGAUCUUUGCCCAUGUAGCAAACAAUCAAAGAAUAAUUAAUUUUGUUUCAGACUUCCCAGAGCAUUGUCAGCAUAGGAGUAGAAAACAUGCCACUGUGUCAUUGAAAAGAUUAAUUAGUUUUAAUUAGGAGUAUCAAAUGGCUUCACUUUUAACUACUGAUUUUGUUAUUUGCCACCUUGGUGAUAUGUCUAAUCUUUUUUUGGCUUAUCCACUGUAUAUUAAUUCAAACAUAAUAUUGUCUGGUAGAAAUCACUUGUUUUUGUUUGGUUGGUUGGUUUUUAAGUGGGCUUUUAAAAUUAGAGAUGAAUUGUGACCUGCAUUGUAAACGAACAGAUUACUAAACCAAUCACUAAAUUGUGGCAAUAUAUACUGGCAUAGACUAGUAUGUGGCACAGAAAAUAAUCUUGAAAUCAUUAGCUAUAGAAAUAAAUUAGAAUUCUUCAGGGGCUUUUGCUGCUGUUAAUGUCAAAUGAAAACCACAAAGAAAUGAAUGCUUGAAUGAGAAAAUGUGUAUCAGAAUCAUAUCAAAACCAGAUGGCAAGUGUUCGGCCUGAUGGACUAUGCCUGUUUAAAAAAAAUUAACCUUUCAAAAGGUUAACAAAAGAUUCCAAAUUAAAUAUAUUGCAUUUGUCUCUGUUAUGUAUUUUUUAUACAUUUAAUAAUUUGCUGUAAAUUAUCAGCCAUUCCUUUUAGUAAGAAAACUGCAUGUUAGGAAAAGUCCUGAUGUGAUACAAAAAAAUAAGGAACACCAAUACCCUGACCACUUGAUAGUUCUUUUCUUGGAGGGACUGAUAUGGCUGGUUUUCUUUAUAUACUUUAGUCAGCUCACUUAAAAUCAAAUAAAUUAAAAAAAAAAAAAAAAAAAAAA